CACUCCGGAGGGUGCCAAUCUAACCCCCGCCGCCGCCAGCUCCCCGCCCCAGCCUGGCUCUUCUCGGCCCCCAGCUGCGGCGCGGAGCCUCGGGGGAGGGGAGGGGAGGGGCGUGACUUGGCGGGAAGCGCCCUGGGCCUGGCGCUCCCCGAACGAGGCCGGGCCCGGACCUGGACCUGGACCUGGACCUGCUGCGCUGGCGGGGGCGGGGCUGGCAGGCUGGAGCCGAGCCCGCCCGGAGAGACGGCGGCGGGGCGGGGCUGCCGUGCCGUGCCGUGCCGUGCCGUGCGAGAAGAGCCAUGCAGGCCCAGGCGUGCUCCCGGCGCGAGACGCUAGCCCUGCGGAGGCAGCUCAUCGGCUCUUCUUGCAAGCUCUUUUUUCCUGAAGAUCCGGUGAAGAUUGUUAGAGCAAAAGGCCAGUAUAUAUAUGAUGAACAAGGAAGAAAAUACCUUGACUGUAUCAACAAUGUGUCUCAUGUUGGGCACUGCCAUCCUGAUGUAAUAAAAGCAGCACAUGAACAAAAUCAGUUGCUAAAUACAAAUUCUCGCUAUCUCCAUGAUAAUUUGGUGGAUUAUGCAAAGAGACUUUCUAAAACACUGCCUGAGAAGCUGUGCACAUUCUAUUUUUUGAAUUCAGGAUCAGAAGCCAAUGAUCUUGCCUUGAGAUUGGCACGACAAUAUACAAAACACGAGGAUAUUAUUGUUCUGGACCAUGCUUACCAUGGACAUCUGACAUCCUUGAUUGACAUAAGUCCAUAUAAAUUCAGAAAUCUAGAAGGACAAAAGGAAUGGGUCCAUGUGGCUCCUCUCCCAGACACGUACCGCGGGAUAUACAGAGAAGACCAUAAAGAUUCAGUCCUAGCCUAUGCCAAUGAAGUGAAAAAAAUAAUUGAGCAAGCACAAAAAAGGGGCAGAAAGAUUGCUGCAUUUUUCAUUGAAUCUUUGCCAAGUGUGGGUGGUCAGAUCAUUCCACCAGAAGGUUAUUUCCAGAUGAUAGCAGAACACAUACGCAAGGCAGGAGGAGUUUUUGUUGCUGAUGAAAUUCAGGUUGGCUUUGGCAGGGUUGGCAAAUGUUUUUGGGCAUUCCAGCUUCAGGGAGAGGAUUUUGUACCUGAUAUUGUCACUAUGGGCAAACCAAUGGGAAAUGGGCACCCCAUCGCCUGUGUAGCAACAACAAAAGAAAUUGCAGAAGCAUUUGCAGACACUGGCGUGGAGUAUUUUAAUACAUUUGGAGGAAAUCCUGUUUCAUGUGCAAUAGGUUUAGCGGUUUUAGAUGUGAUUGAGAAGGAACAUCUUCAGGCCCAUGCCACACAAGUAGGCAACUUCUUGAUGGAAUUACUGAAUCAGCAGAAGGUCAAGCAUCCUAUCAUUGGUGAUGUCAGGGGUGUUGGAUUAUUUAUUGGAGUGGAUUUGAUAAAAGACCAAGAGAAAAGGACCCCAGCUACUGAAGAAGCUGAGUAUUUAAUAACAAGAUUAAAGAGAGACUAUAUUCUGUUGAGUACAGAUGGUCCAGGAAGAAAUGUGCUUAAAUUCAAGCCUCCACUGUGCUUUACUAUGGACAAUGCCAAAUUAGUUGUGGACAAAAUGGAUGAAAUAUUAACAGACAUGGAAAGAGAAAAGACAUCUGAGCCAGUAGGAAAACACCAUUAAUUUUAGGCCUCAGCUCUAUCUGGCCAGGUAAGCAUUUUAUCUUGUGCAGUUUGUUUAAUUAGAAUGCUAAGAUCACUAAACUAGUA